CAGUUCGUCUUGCACAUCGAAAUAUUUUCAUGCGCCGACCACUUGUGUCACACCGCCUGCAUAUGAGAAGUGAAGAGUAGAUUGGCACCUUUACGACGAUAGGAUUGUCUUCGCUUCAAUUGCAACAGAAAUAAUAUUUUUUACGAGUUUAGUUUUUUGUUCUAAACUUGCGCCGCGUCUCUUCGGAUAUAUGUGCGUGCGCUCGGAGCCCGAAGCGCAGUCCCAGCCGGCGCCGACGAUGCCAUGCCCCACAGCCGCAUCGGAGAUGAGGGUGGUACUGGGCUCUGGAUGAAGGCAUCUCCGGGGGAUAGCGGCGAGGGCUAUGACUUGAAGGAUGUGGAGUCCGGCAGAAUGACGAUGAACAACGCGGUGAGAGCGGGAGACGGCUUACUGCCGGCUGGCUCUUCGCCGGCGACAACAGGUGCAGGGGGCACGGAGAACCUACUGGGGAAGCGGGGAGCUCGACUGAGCCUGCUGGGAAAGCCGCUCACCUACAGCCUGCAAGGUGGCCGGAAAACGGCGAGGUACCGGCGGCUGCAGAAUUACCUGUAUAACGUGCUGGAGAGACCCCGAGCAUGGGCGUUCGUGUACCACGCCUUCGUUUUCAUCUUGGUGUUUGGCUGCCUGGUCCUGUCCGUGUUCUCUACCAUCCCUGCCCACCAGGACCUCUCAUCUCACUGCCUCCUAAUCCUGGAGUUUGUGAUGAUAGUGGUGUUUGGCCUGGAGUACAUCAUCCGCAUCUGGUCUGCAGGCUGCUGCUGCCGCUACCGCGGCUGGCAGGGCCGCCUGCGCUUCGCCAGGAAGCCCUUCUGCGUCAUAGACAUCAUUGUGCUAAUUGCCUCGGUGGCUGUGGUGUCGGCGGGCAGCCAGGGCAACAUCUUCGCCACGUCUGCUCUGCGCAGCCUGCGCUUCCUGCAGAUCCUGCGCAUGGUGCGGAUGGACCGGCGGGGCGGCACCUGGAAGCUUCUGGGCUCAGUGGUCUACGCCCACAGUAAGGAGCUCGCCACGGCCUGGUACAUUGGCUUCCUCGUUCUCAUCUUCUCCUCAUUCCUGGUCUACCUGGUGGAGAAAGAGUUCAACACAGAGUUUGCCACGUAUGCUGAUGCUCUGUGGUGGGGCACGAUCACCCUCACCACCAUUGGCUACGGGGAUAAGACCCCCCAGACGUGGACGGGCCGCCUGCUCUCGGCCGGUUUUGCCCUGCUGGGCAUCUCCUUCUUCGCCCUCCCUGCGGGGAUUCUGGGAUCUGGGUUUGCACUGAAGGUCCAGGAGCAGCACAGGCAGAAGCACUUUGAGAAGAGGAGGAACCCGGCUGCCAGUCUUAUCCAGGCCGCGUGGCGCCUUUAUUCCACGGAUGGAGCCCGAUCGUACCUGAGCGCCACCUGGCAGUACUAUAGAGGGGUCCUCCCUUCUCUCAGCCAGAAGUUGAGCUUCAAGGAGCGCGUGCGGAUGGCCAGCCCCCGCGGGCACAGCAUCAGGAGUCGCCAGGCCUCAGCUAGCGACCGGCGCUCCCCCGGACCCGAGGUGGCCCUGGAGGGGGGCAGUCCAGCCAAAGUGCAGAAGAGUUGGAGCUUCAACGACCGCACCAGGUUCCGCCCCUCGCUCCGCCUCAAGAGCCAACCGCGCGCCGCCUCUGAGGCGGAUGCCAGCCAGGGCACUGAUGAUGCCUUUGAUGACAAGGUGUGCCAAUGCGACAUGUCGGUAGUGGACUUGACACCGCCCCUCAAGUCUGUAAUCAGGGCUGUCAGGAUCAUGAAGUUCUAUGUGGCAAAAAAGAAGUUCAAGGAGACGCUGCGGCCGUACGACGUGAAGGACGUGAUCGAGCAGUACUCCGCGGGACACCUCGACAUGCUCUGCCGCAUCAAGAGCCUGCAGACACGGCUGGACAUCAUUGUAGGUCCGGAGCAGACCCUGGGAAGCAAAGCCAAGACCUUUUCCUCCCCUUCUUUGCACUUGUACUACAACCAGCACAGGAGGAAGUCCUCCGCACUGGGGGUGGACCAGAUUCUAGGGAAGGGCCACAUUCAGGCAGACAAGCGGAGCAGGGAGAAGGUCCACUCGGAGAGCGACGCCUUCGAUCACAUGAGCAUGCUGGGCCGGGUGUGUAAGGUGGAGCGCCAGGUCCAGUCCAUUGAGACCAAGCUGGACUCCCUGUUGGACAUUUACCGGCAGGUUCUCCGCAAGGGUUCCUCCUCGGGGCUGCCCCUGUUCCACCUGGAGCAGACGUCCGACUACCAGAGCUCCACCCUCAGCAAGGACACCUCCUGCACCACCAGCAGCAGCACCAGCGUGCCCCGGGGGCUGCAGCUGGUUCUGCCCACGAACGAGCUCUGCCUUAACCUCAGCACCUCCCCAUGUGGAGCUCUCACCUCCUCCUCCUUCAGCCCCUCUCCCCUGCCUCCCGAGAGCAGCACCACCGGCUCUCCCACACCUGUCCUUUCACCCAACAGCCUCGCUACGACUCCAUUCUCCGACCUGCCCAAGCCUCGUCCUCACCACCCUUCCUCACCGUCCACUCUCCAGCUGCCUCCCCCCAAUGCUCUCUCCCCCCACAGCUCAUGCGCAGUGGACCCCACAGACGCAGAGGGCGACCAAGGCGGGUUGCAGCUGAGGAACAAGCCUAGUGCCAAGGAGGAUGGGUCUUGGAGGAGGCACACCAGCCUGGAGAUGGGCCCCUUGGUUGCGUUGUCCCCUGGCCCUGUGGACCGCAGCCUGGGGAAGUCUCUUUCGGUCCAGAACUUCCUAGGUGUGGAUGUAGAAUGCUGCUCCAAACCAUCCUCAUCCUACAGCAACAGAGACUUCAAUAUGAGCCCCCACAACAGCCAGGGUCUGCCCACCAGCGAGUGGGAGAAGGUGGAGCUGAUCAUCAGCGACCAGGACGUGAACAUGCUCGGGGAGAGCUCGGACUUCCUGGCACAAAGGACCACGGAUUCCGCCUCCCCACCUGAGCCACUGGGGGUCAAAAAAACACCUUCGGCUCUGGGCCUGGCUGUCGACACCCACAGCAUUUCCCACGUGCGGCUAAAAUAGAGUCACCAUAGCAGUUUGCAUUUUUUAAUGCCGGGGGGGGGGUGCUUUUCUCUUUCCGUUUUGCUCUGAGAUAGUUUAAAAAUCCCUGUAAUUCAUUAAUUAUUGACCACCCACCACUGCAUGGACUAAUCCUUCCUCUAGGGGGCAACGAAGGGACAGACCCGAGACACCUGACAGGAGCUGGGGCGUCAGCCCUGCAUGAGCACUGCAUGUUUACAGCUCGGCGGCGCAUUGCAUCACUUACCAGCCUGUUCAGCUUGUUUCCUGACACUGGGUCCCCAGCUUUGCAUGAGUCUAAGGAAUGACAUAAUGCAUCAGGGGCAGGUCACGGCUCGACUGUGGAAACUAGGCUGUAAGACACUGCUUAUCUCCUUUUCACCACCAGGAGGAGCUAUAGCUCCUUCCCAUUUGCCCCCCCCCCCCCCAGCUUAAUUAAAUUCUAAUUAAGUUCUUAAUUAUGUCUUAAUGCAUUGGUUGGCAGUUAUAUGCUGGAAAUGAGUAGAAGGAAAGGUAGCCCAGCAGGAUGGUGCAGGGGUGGGGUCACAGAGGUAACGGCCCCAGAUGAAAGCUGAUUGGCCCCCAGAGUGACCACUCCCCUGUCACUCAAUGAUUCAAAACAUAUCAUUGGCUAAUGAUCAUGUUGGCUCCCACCCUAAAAAAUCCUAGAAUUUCCCCAGGGAUUAUGUUAUAUAGAGGAAAAUGUCUUCAGUGGCAUGUUCUAGAUCCAGUAGAAGUGAGCACCAGGAGGGUUACUGUCACGUUCAAUUCUACAUUUUUUCUUGGUCUGGAAUCGCCCAUCAGUCACAUGUGUUGUCAGUUGUCAUCGACUCUAUGGGUUGCACCGAGUGACAUGGCAGACAUAGGGUGCAAUUUGCUGGAUUCCCAGGGCAGAACCACAGCAGGUAUCACCACUGGAUGGAAGAAGGAAAUGAACACAGCUCCAAACACUGGCUGCCAGAUUCUGUGGCCUCUGGGCCUUGCUGACUGGGGAGCCGCUGGAGAGGCCCAACUUUUUAUUUUGUUUGUUUUUUUACCCAAACCAAUCCUUUAAAUUGCUUGCUCAUUACAACCAUUAUGAUAUUUUAGAUUAUUGAUAAAUUAUAACGUGCAUUUAAAGAUUCAAGCUUUUGCACGGCAUCUAGGUAAAACUGCAUUAUGGGGAUUUUGGAGAAUAUAAGCAUGAAAUCCAUGAGGUGAAUGGUGAGGAAUAUGCGGUGGAAAUGAAAAUCACCUUAUGCAGGAAAUAGUCGAACACUCCUGUACAAAAAUAGCCGAAGUUCCAAAGCGAGCUAUAAGGAAAUGAGCCAAGAUCACAGAGUGAAUUUAAGACCCCCAUCCUAGGAUUGAUAUUCUCUGUGUGGGUCUGUAGACAUUUUCCCACAGCCUUGAGACGCCCAGGGCUGUUACUACUGGGCAAAUGGUUCAUACAUAAACACUGCUAAGGAGCAAUCGAGUCACAGAACAUAACUGGCACCGUCUCACUGGGAAGGGAACGGACCAGAACAUCACGGGUAACAGCCUCAUUAGUGCCUCCUAGGGAUAUAUCGGGCAACUGUCGUCAUCGGCCUGUGGUGAGCGAUGUGCCACGUGACUGACCAUUGCUUGAUAGGUUAUUGAAGGGGCACAUGUUCCGAUGACCUCAAAAUUGUUUGCAUGCACAAAGGGUAUGGGAGCGAUCCAGACAGUGACCUACAAGAGACAAUUGGAGAUGAUUAAUGACAGCUGAAAAUAGUGGAGAACACGAGAACAUGUGAGAAUGCGUGAUCAGAAGGCUGUCGCUUCCAAAAGCACACAUCCUAUUGAAUGUAGUUUCAUUAUUUAUUUGUUCCCACAAUUCACAUAAAAAAUGGUACAGUACAUGAGCCAGAAACGUCACACUUGUUCCCAAAAAACAGCUAUAGGAAUAUAAACGAUUGUUUUGUAUUAUUUAUUACAUCUUUUUUGUUAAUAACAAAACACUGUAGUCUUAAAUGUUUUUUAACUGAACUGGGCUGAGUUAGAUUCCAUAAUUUACUGCUGACAUGAAUCUUUUUUGUAGAUGAUGCAUUCUGAUAUUGGAAUAUUUGCUGUAUGAUCUCCUAAUACAGUAUGUGUGACACAGUUCUGCGUGCUGUCAAAGCCAACGGCUGUAAGUUAACCCCUCAAAGUGAGAGAAACUGACGCGGUACCUGGAAGCACAAUUAUUGAUUUGGAGCGACCUGCGGGCAAGCGGUCAUUGACCUUAAUAAUACACCAUGGCGGUAAAAAGGAAUGUACCUGUACAGUAUAUGGCCAUAUACUCAGCGCAGUCAACUCCAAGGAAUAAAAAUCAGCAGAUAGAUCAUGGAAUCCUUUAAAGGGAUAUAUUGCUUUAAGGCUUUGCCUGCCAAUUAAAAUUAUAAAAGUAUACAAACUAUAUACAGUUUAUACUUUUUUAUUUUUCCCGUUUUUGUAGUAAAUGCUUGAAGGUGCCUUUCAUGCAAAAUAUUAACAGUAUGUUAUUUUUUUCCACGGCUAUGUGCUAGCUUUAAAUUAUGGGGAUAGUUUUGUAGGUUCCUAAUGUUAUGUAUACUUUUAGAAAAUCUAAAAUCUUCUAAAUAACAAUCAACAUGUUUUUUUCACAUGUACAAUAAUUUAUUUCACAAAAUUGGCUUUAAUGGGAAUGGGAACUUUUUACUUUUUUGUUUAAUGUAAUUUAUUUUAAGGAGGUACGGGCACGUACAAGGUACAUUGAGUAUGUGAUAUUGUCAUUAAUUUU